ACUGUAUAUAAAUGUAUCAGGACUCUUUAAAAAUCUCUCCUUCCCCCCUGCCCGCCUGAUUCUCAAGAGAGUUUACAGGCACUUAUUUGGCAGAACUGUAAUCUGGAGAGAGGAAUUUUCUGCAUGAAGGUUUGUUUAGCAAUGUCCAAAACUUUAGUAAGGCUUUUUUGAUAAUUUGUGUGCUUUUUAGUGUCUUAAUGGAAUCUUAUUUCUGAGGUUGGUGUUGGGCUUCUCUGUUUAUCUCUGGAAUACUUAGAUGUCACAGUAAUUCACUUAACAAUAACAUAUUCCGGCAGAUAAUUCCAGCCAAUCUGUCUCUGCCCUAAAUACUUUGUGUAUACAGUAUCUUUCCCAAGUACGCUGCGAUCCAGACCAAGGUCCCAGCAUCAGUGUGAACUGCACACAGCUUCCAAGGAAGAAGCAUUUGGGUAGAAGGGGUUUGUGACAGAGGCUCAUGUUAAAGCACUAGAAAAUGAACCAGGGGUGUGGACAUAUAUUUCCAAGAUCUCUAUAAAAACCACAGAACAGUUGACAGAAGAUGAUCCAGCAUAGAUGAACUACAACAAAUUAUGUGACUGUAAAUAACCAUGAAAACAGCUAUGGGGAUUGCAGCAAGAUCAGCCACCAAAAGGAAACUAUAGGGAAUCACCAGAAAUUACUCUGGCAGUUGGGGAAAAGAGGGAGAUUAACUGGAGGAGAACACAGAUAUAUAGCAAAUCCUGCAUGUCAAGUGUUAUGCACCAGCAGAUUAGAAGCCAGUGGACUUUGGAUAUAGUUGUGCCUGCUCAGUAGGAUAAGUCUGGCGAACGUCAAGUGUAAUAUCAAUCCUGACCCCCUCCACUGUCUGGAGACGACAUCCUGCCCUGCCACAGAGAAUGGACUCCAUCGUCCCAAUAUGUGUUUUCCACCUCUAGCGUCUGUGAUUCUGAAUAAUCACAGUUGUGGUUCCCAUAACCUAGUAACGGAGGUUUCCAAGCUGUGUCCAGUCUCACUGAGGACUGAAAUAAAGAGAAGGUGGUGGUGAAAACUCUGUGGAGACCCAAAGUGGGGAGAGAGCUCAGUUUGUCAGUUUCAAAGCAUUUGGAUAAGUGAUUAAAGCACUGAGCUGCUAGUGAUGGAAGCCUCUACUUGGCACCACUCUGGAUAUUUACUUGAUGACAAAAGUAAGAUGAGAAGGAGAGACUCUCCUCUCUCCAACAAAACUUCCAAGAUGAAGUGUGAACAUUAUGUUUUGCUGAGUAAGAAGCAAGUUGGCUAUGAGGGCCUGGGACUCCGAACGGAGAGAGGUGAGUCCAAGGGCACUGAUUAUGAUGUGCAUGUUUCCACCAAGAAGUUACAAAUAAGCAGAGGAGCGUGUGAGAGAGGGACCCAGGGGCUGAUGGCAGAGGAGUCAUGCUCUGAAAAGCGAACCGUGACCGAAGCAGGUGGGAAAGGUAUUGAAGGUGAAGUCUCUUCAGAGGUGUUUGAAAUGCAGUUUGAACAGCGGUGUUUGGGAGACGAGGCUGAAAGCAGGAAGGUGAAUGCUGUUGUUUAUAGGUUGGAGGAAGCUGAAAUCACUAUCUCCAGCCAAGAGGGAGAAAUUCAUCCAUUUGUUCACAUGGAACCUGAAGGGAAAAAGGAAAUGACAGAGUACAAGUUGCCUCUGAUCCAGAGAAAUGCCAGCCACCAGGAAAGUUAUCAAGGGACACAGCAGGCUGCAACUGGAAGUGCAAAUAUGAUCAACACUUUUCAAGGAACACUGAAGAAGCAGAUAAGCCGGUCGGACUCAGAAAGUAGCAUAGAGAGCAGACAAGUUAACAAGCUGACAUUGAACUCUCCCUCGGAGGAAAAUAAACCCGGCGUCCAGAGCAGGUCAGAUAGCAGGGAGCGAAAAGCUAUGGUGAUGGAUUAUACAUUGCAAAGCAAAGAGGACAGAACAGUGCAAUCUGCUUCACAUACCCUUUGGGAAAGCAGCAAUCCAGGUGGAAACUUUAGGCAGACAGUUAAUUUUUCCUCUCUGACUGAAAGCUCUGCAGACCAUUGCCAAAAUGGUCAGACUGGUGAAAAGGAUCCAGCAGGAAAGCUUGAUAAAGAUAAGCAGGUAGUGAAGAGCCUUGAGAUAAUGGUCUCAGCAAUUUCAAAUUGUGCUCUGGUUGCUGGAGAUUUGAGAGAGAAUGACAGCCAGGUCCUUCACCCUGAGAGUGGAGAAAACCUCUUAAGUGAGGCAGAUUCAGUGGUAUCUGAUUCAAACAGCCAGCAAAGCUCCUCAAAAGCCCCUUCAACCAGGUUACAAACUGAAGAUCUGUCAGUGAGUUUCAGUGAGACUGUAACUAUGUCAGAGGUGCUACAGAAACCACACAAUAAGACUACUUCUAACAAAAACCAGCCAGAAGCUACAUUUCCAGAUAGUGCAACUAAAAUCACCGGAGAAAGGAUCCCAAGAGGAGGCUCAGAUCAGCAGGAGCAAAAGGGGGAGAAAAAUCAAGAAGAUGAAAAAGUGCUUAAAGUUGCAGAUGUGAAGAAAACUUUCGAAAGGCAGAAGUCUGCAGAAGGCAAAGCGUCAGCACCUCCGCACAGUACAGCCAGAAAAGACACAAUGAGGCGAGUGGUACGACAGAGCAAAUUUCGGCAUGUGUUUGGGCAAGCAGUGAAAAAUGACCAGUGUUAUGACGACAUCCGGGUUUCCCGUGUUACCUGGGAUAGUUCCUUUUGUGUAGUAAACCCCAAAUUUGUUGCAAUAAUCAUAGAAGCUAGUGGUGGUGGAGCAUUCCUGGUGCUGCCCUUGCACAAGACAGGUAGAAUUGACAAGUCAUACCCAACAGUAUGUGGUCAUACAGGACCGGUGCUUGACAUAGACUGGAGUCCCCAUAAUGAUCAAGUCAUUGCCAGUGGUUCUGAGGACUGCACUGUCAUGGUAUGGCAGAUCCCAGAGAAUGGACUCACCCUCUCCUUGACAGAGCCUGUGGUAGUUUUAGAAGGCCAUUCAAAAAGAGUUGGCAUCGUUGCUUGGCAUCCAACUGCACGCAAUGUGCUGCUCAGUGCAGGUUGUGAUAAUAUAGUCAUCAUCUGGAAUGUGGGAACAGGUGAAGCCCUUAUAAACCUGGAUGACAUGCAUCUGGACAUGAUUUACAAUGUGAGCUGGAAUCGCAAUGGCAGCCUGAUUUGUACAGCUUCUAAAGACAAAAAAGUCCGAGUGAUUGACCCUAGGAAACAAGAAAUCGUUGCUGAGAAGGAGAGGGCCCACGAAGGAGCGCGGCCUAUAAGGGCAAUAUUCCUCUCCGAUGGCAAUGUCUUUACCACCGGCUUCAGCCGCAUGAGUGAACGGCAGCUCGCCCUGUGGAAUCCUAAAAAUAUGGAGGAGCCAAUAGCCCUGCACGAAAUGGACACCAGCAAUGGGGUGCUGCUUCCAUUCUAUGACCCGGACACCAAUAUCAUUUACUUGUGUGGCAAGGGUGACAGCAGCAUUCGCUACUUUGAGAUCACCGAUGAAUCCCCGUAUGUCCACUACCUCAACACCUUCAGCAGCAAAGAACCACAGAGAGGGAUGGGGUUCAUGCCAAAGAGGGGCCUGGAUGUGAACAAGUGUGAAAUAGCCAGGUUCUUCAAACUUCAUGAGCGGAAGUGCGAGCCCAUUAUCAUGACUGUCCCUCGAAAGUCUGACCUUUUCCAAGAUGACCUGUAUCCAGAUACGGCUGGUCCAGAAGCAGCUCUGGAAGCUGAAGAGUGGUUUGAGGGGAAGAAUGCUGAUCCCAUUCUCAUUUCUUUGAAACAUGGGUACAUUCCAGGCAAGAACAGGGAUCUCAAGGUGGUCAAAAAGAACAUUUUGGACAACAAGCCUGCAGCAAACAAGAAAAGCGAUCUCAUUAACACCCCAAAGAAAGCAGCAGACACCUCAAAUAUUCAAAACGAAGCCAAAUUGGAUGAGAUUUUGAAAGAGCUUAAAUCUAUAAAAGACACAAUCUCCAAUCAAGAUGAGCGCAUUUCCAAGUUAGAACAGCAGAUGGCGAAGAUGACGGUUUGAGAGCAAAGGGAGCAGAACUUUAAGCUGGAGCAGGGCUGGGGAGGCACUGCCAGUCAAGAAGACAUUCCAUUUCAGAAGUUCGUCAAGCAGCAGCGUGCAGCAUUCCAAUAAGAACUUUUAUUCUCCUAAAUUAACUUCAGCGAAAGGCGAUGAUUAAAAGCCAAGCUUUUUAGUGAAA